AUGUUUAGAUUUUUAUUGAAAGCCAAACCCGUAAGGUACAUCCCAGCACUAGCUGUGUCGGCAUACGCAAUACACCAUUACCAAUUGCACUACGUUCAUCCACAACAGGAUCACAUAAUCAACUUGGACACUCAACAGCAACAAAUACGCGAGAAAGCACACGAAGGCAACGAUCCAAUUCGUAAACCAUACCGUACAUUUGCAGAUGAGAUUGACGUUGACGACUCGAUAUCCGCGUUCCCCACCGUGAUCCCCAGCGCUGAAUACUCGCACGAGCCAUUUGAAUUGGUUGGACACGGAGUCCGAACGGUGACGUUCCUCGGUUUCAAAGUGUAUGGAAUCGGUAUCUAUAUAAACCAGCAUGAUAUCCCCCAAGCUUUGGAAAUCCUCAAGGAAUUCUCAAUCAACAACCCGGCAUUGCCUGAUGAUGAAGGCGUGAUUCAUGUCGCGAAAGCCAUCAUUGACAACCCAUCCGAGUCCGACCAAGUUGCGUAUGACUUGUUGGACAAUGGUGUGCGGUUCCUCGCUAGAGUGUGCCCCGUGAGAAACACCGAUUUCAACCAUAUGAAGGAUGGAUUAAUCAAGAGUAUUUUGUCGGGGCAUAAGAAUGUCGAUACUAAGCAGCAGUUGAAUCAAGGGUUGGAGGAGUUGAAGCUGGUUUUUCUGGGGUUCAGAGGGUCAGUGCCCCAGAAUGAUCUUUUGGUGUUGGAGGUGUUGCGCACGGGCGAGUUGGCGUUGAGUUAUGUGAAUCAGAAGCUGGGGGAGGUGAAGAAGAUGGGGGUGGUUGGGAAUCCGUUGAUUGGAAAGACGUUGAUGUGGAAGUAUCUUAGUUCUACGAAACCAUUGAGUGAGUCUUUGAGAAAGAGUUGUACUACGGGAUUCGGGGCAAUUUUGGAUCAUUAUGGAAGCGGGAGGAGUUAG